CGGGUACCUCCUCCGACUCUGAUGACAGCGGUUCCCUGAAUGCAGACAGUUCAGUAUCUAGUAAAAGUGCAGACAGUUCAGCCUCAGACGACCGUAAGAAACGCAGUGCGGGUACCUCCUCCGACUCUGAUGACAGCGAUUCCGUGAAUGCAGACAGUUCAGUAUCUAGUGAAAGUGCAGACAGUUCAGCCUCAGACGACCGUAAGGAAACGCAGUGCUGGUACCUCCUCCGACUCCGAUGACAGCGGUUCCGUGAAUGCAGACAGUUCAGUAUCUAGUGAAAGUGCAGACAGUUCAGCCUCAGACGACCGUAAGAAACGCAGUGCUGGUACCUCCUCCGACUCUGAUGACAGCGGUUCCGUCAAUGCAGACAGUUCAGUAUCUAGUGAAAAUGCAGACAGUUCAGACUCAGACGACCGUAAGAAACGCAGUGCGGGUACCUCCUCCGACUCUGAUGACAACGGUUCCGUGAAUGCAGACAGUUCAGUAUCUAGUGAAAGUGCAGACACUUCAGCCUCAGACAACCGUAAGAAACGCAGUGCGGGUACCUCUUCCGACUCUGGUGACAGCGGUUCCGUGAAUGCAGAUAGAUCAGUAUCUAGUAAAAGUGCAGACAGUUCAGCCUCAGACGACCGUAAGAAACGCAGUGCGGGUACCUCCCCCGACUCUGAUGACAGCGGUUCCGUGAAUGCAGACAGUUCAGUAUCUAGUGAAAGUGCAGACACUUCAGCCACAGAAGACCGUAAGAAACGCAAUGCAGGUACCUCCACCGACUCUGAUGACAGCGGUUCCCUGAAUGCAGACAGUUCAGUAUCUAGUGAAAGUGCAGACAGUUCAGCCUCAGACAACCGUAAGAAACGCAGUGCUGGUACCUCCUCCGACUCUGAUGACAGCGGUUCCGUAAAUGCAGACAGUUCAGUAUCUAGUGAAAAUACAGACAGUUCAGACUCGGACGACCGUAAGAAACGCAGUGCGGGAACCUCCUCCGACUCUGAUGACAGCGGUUCCAUGAAUGCAGACAGUUCAGUAUCUAGUGAAAGUACAGACAGUUCAGCCUCAGACGACCGUAAGAAACGCAGUGCAAUUUAAUUUCAAAUUUAUUUUUUCCAUUUUGUUUUCAUUUAAAUGUAAGCUAGAUUAUUAGGUUUCAUAGCAACUUUGCAGAAACAGUUGCAAAUUGAGAACGACGUACUCAUAAUACAAAUUAAAGCAUGGGCUAUGGCAGUCAUAAACAUUCAGUAUUACAGAACAAAAUAAUAAAUAAACACUGACGAACAUACUCGUUGUGAAAUUACACAGAUCACCUUACAUGCAUAAUAAUUAUACAUAUUUCGUUUAACAUAACGGCAUUCUAUAACGUCAUGUGCCUUUAUCUUCAUUUAGUUUUGGAGCGAAUAUUUUCCAACAUUGUAAUUUACUUCAUUUGUUUAUGUACAUUUGUUUUUUUUAUUUCAAUGAUUAUAUUUAUUAAUAAAAAUGUUACAUAUUUAAAGGA